UCUCUCUCUCUUCUCUCCUGCUCUCUUUUUUCCCUCAUCCAGCGGUGUCUUACAUCAGCUUACUGUGCCUGAAUGUGAGACCCGAAAAAGAGGUUCGGAGAGAAAGAAAAAAACCUUGUUUUUAUCCUCCUCGUUACACAUACAUUACUUGGAAUUAAGAAAACCUUGGACAAAUGGUUUGAAAACAGCAACCCAAGCAGAAUGAACGUCCCGUCUCCGCCUGAGAUGAAGCAGCUUUGGAAGAUGCUUUUUCCGCUUCUUAUCCUCCUUUACCUAUUGGGAGCGGUCAAGUCUCAAGUAAAUCCAGGUGUGUGUCGGUCGCCGUUAGGAAUGUCUAGAGGCCAGAUCUUAGAUGAAGAUAUUUCAGCUUCCAGUCAGUGGUCUGAGUCCACAGCUGCAAAAUACGGCAGGCUGGAAUGUGAGGAAGGAGAUGGUGCGUGGUGUCCUGAGAUAGCAGGAGAACCUGAGAAUAUGAAUGAGUUCCUGCAGAUAGACCUUCGUUCUCUGCACUUCAUCACUCUGGUGGGCACUCAGGGACGUCACGCGGGGGGCAUUGGGAAUGAGUUUACCCAGACAUACAAGAUCAAAUACAGCCGUGAUGGCAGCCGCUGGAUCUCCUGGCGCAACAGGCAGGGCAAAGAGGUGAUUGAGGGAAACAGGAAUGCCUAUGACAUUGUGCUGAAGGACUUGGAGCCACCUAUCAUUGCGCGUUUCGUCCGCUUCAUGCCCGUCAUCGAUCACUCAAUGAAUGUUUGUAUGCGUGUGGAGCUGUACGGCUGUGAGUGGCUAGAUGGCUUGGUUUCAUAUAAUUCUCCACUUGGCCAGCAGAUGACUCUCAAUGGGCAGCAUAUUUAUCUCAAUGACUCAGUGUAUGAUGGAGCCAUGAGUUACAGUAUGACAGAAGGACUUGGACAGCUGACGGAUGGCAUGUGUGGCCUCGAUGAUUUUACCCACAGUCACGUCUACAAUGUAUGGCCUGGUUAUGACUAUGUCGGCUGGACCAACGAGAGCUUUUCCAACGGUUAUGUUGAGAUCAUGUUUGAGUUUGACCGCACCCGCAACUUCACCACCAUGAAGGUGCAUUGCAACAACAUGUUCUCUCGAAGAGUGAAAACCUUUCAGAAGGUGGUGUGUUACUUUCGCUCAGAGUCGGACUGGGAAGCCACACCCAUAUCAUUCAGCCCGGUGAUGGAUGACGUCAAUCCCAGUGCCCGCUUCGUCACCGUCUCACUCUACAAUCACAUGGCCAGUGCUAUUAAGUGCCAGUACUACUUUUCUGACAUCUGGAUGAUGUUUAGUGAAAUCACCUUCCAGUCAGAUACAGCCAUGUACAACACAACCCUGGUUCCCCCCAAAAGUGGUCCUCCCAUCAGCAAUCAGCCAGGGGAUGACCCCACCCACAAAGUAGAUGACAGCAACACCCGGAUCCUGAUUGGCUGCUUGGUCGCCAUCAUCUUCAUCUUAGUGGCCAUUAUUGUUAUUAUACUAUGGAGACAAGUGUGGCAAAAGAUGCUUGAGAAGGUAUCUCGGAGGAUGCUGGACGAUGAACUAACUGCUAGUCUGUCAAUACAGAGUGAGACCUUCACCUAUAACAACAACAACAGCCCCUCUUCAGUGCCCAGCGAGCAAGAGUCGAACUCCACCUAUGAGCGCAUCUUUCCUCUGGGACCCGACUACCAAGAGCCCUCCCGCUUGGUUCGGAAACUGCCAGAGUUUUCCCAAACCUCAGAGGACACAGCUUCAACAAAUACAGCUUCCAAGUCCACUGUCAGUGUACAAGAGGGAGUCCCACAUUACGCUGAGGCAGACAUCGUCAACCUGCAGGGUGUAACUGGGGGCAACACCUACGCCGUUCCCGCCCUCACCAUGGACCUGCUGUCAGGGAAAGAUGUCGCUGUGGAAGAAUUUCCUCGGAAGCUGCUUACCUUUAAAGAAAAGUUGGGAGAAGGGCAGUUUGGAGAGGUGCAUUUGUGUGAAGCAGAAGGCAUGCAAGAUUUCAUGGAUGAGGACUUCUCCUUCGACGUCAUUGAAAACCAAACAGUGCUUGUAGCUGUUAAAAUGCUUCGGGCGGAUGCAAAUAAAAAUGCUAGGAAUGAUUUCUUGAAGGAGAUAAAGAUCAUGUCACGAUUGAAAGACCCCAACAUCGUCAGGCUGCUGGCGGUGUGUAUGAGCUCCGACCCUCUGUGUAUGAUCACAGAGUACAUGGAGAACGGAGACCUUAAUCAGUUCCUGUCUCGCCAUGAGCCAGAGGGCAUGAUCGCUCUCCUCAGCAAUGCUCCCACAGUCAGUUACAGUAACCUACACCACAUGGCCACACAGAUCGCUUCAGGCAUGAAGUAUCUAUCGUCACUCAACUUUGUGCAUCGAGACUUGGCCACCCGCAACUGCCUAGUAGGGAAGAACUACACCAUCAAGAUUGCAGACUUCGGGAUGAGUAGGAACCUGUAUAGCGGAGACUACUACCGUAUCCAGGGCAGAGCAGUGCUGCCCAUCCGCUGGAUGUCCUGGGAGAGCAUUCUUCUGGGGAAAUUCACCACAUCUAGUGAUGUGUGGGCUUUUGGCGUAACCCUUUGGGAGAUGCUUACCUUCUGCAAAGAGCAGCCUUACUCACAGCUGUCAGAUGAGCAGGUCAUUGAAAACACAGGAGAGUUCUUUCGGGAUCAGAGGAGACAGAUAUACCUGCCCCAGCCGCCAAUGUGUCCUGACCCUGUCUACAAGCUCAUGUUGAGCUGCUGGAACAGGAACACCAAAGAGCGUCCAUCCUUCCAGGAGAUUCAUCAUACAUUAUUGGAAUGCAAGCCAUAGUGUCCACUUAUGUGCCAACCUUGGCAUUUCCAGAGACGUUUCAGUGCGCCCACAGGACUCCAGUCAACUACACACCACAACAUGCACUUAUAUUUUCCCAUAUAUAAGUGAGAUGAGAAUCUGUCAUUUUUCUGUAGCGAUUUUCACUGUGAGUGUGCAAAGGCAAACUGAUAAUAUAUUCUAUGAAUGAACUACAUCCCCUAACUAAGUGCCUUUGGCUGGCAUGCAAUACCUGGGCAGCACUAGGCCAAAGAAAAUGUAGCAAUGCAUUUAGGCACCUUUAACACAGAAGAAUUGAAUUUUACACACUGUGUGUAUUUCUGAAUAGAAAGAGGAAAUGCCAAAAAAAAAAAACAAGGUAUUGGCUACUAAUGCAUCUUUUAUUAUUUCCAAUUUAAUGUUGUUUUCAGUAUUUUGAGGCCGAAGACAGCUUGAAUGUAAAUAAGAAUCAAUAAUUGACAUUCAGAUUCACCUUUGGUUUUAUCUUGAUGUCUCUUGACGUUUGUGUAUAUUUUCAUCUCAUUUAUCGAAAAUGCUAAAGUAUUUUGUUAUUUUACUUAUUUUAUUUUUACUUUGUAGUAAACUACAAAGACCACAUUCAAUCAAGUGGACUAACAGAAAGCUGGUUUAUCUGGUUAUCACAUGUUUGGUUGUCACAGAAUUUUAAAUCCAAAACCAGCAAAAUUGUAGAUGUAAAAAUAUAUAUUUGUGUUAUUCUGCAACUACCUAUAUAUUGUGUUUAUAUUUAAGCAUACUGCAUUAUGUAAGUGAUUUGCUUUUCUUGUUAUAUUGUUUAAAGAAUCUUGUUAUGGUGAUAAUGGUUAUUAUUUAAGUCCAUUUCAUUUGUGCUCUUUUAUUUUUUUCUUUGCUUAAAACAACUUUUGCAUCAAGAAGCAAUAUUUGCAUGAAGUUGGAUGGAAUCAGAUAUAAUUAUAUUACUUAAUGCUAUUUUCACAUUUUCAUUGCAUUUGUCCUAUGUUUUCAUCUAAUCUCAAAUUAGGCUGAAUGGGGUAGUAAGUACAUUUAUUAUCACCAGCUGAUUUUGUUUAUCUGUAGAAAAUGUUAAAAUAAGCUUAUUUUAAAGCUGUUUGUCUUACUUUUAAGUCAGAGUAUAUUCUAGGUGGUGCUGAACUGUCAAAGUGUGGGGUAAAUACUGGAUUUGUAUUGAACAGAUGCACUAUGAAGGUUUACAGUAAGUUGUGAUAAGUUUUGGCAUGUGAAAAGUGCUGCAAAUGGGACGCUCGGAAAUCUGUUUUGUAAUUAACUUGUAUACUUGUAAAUUUGUAAGGUCAUUACAUAUGACCAUAUUUUUGAAAAUGUGUGCACCUUUUGGGGUUGGUUAAGAUAUCUGCCAGUCUAUAAGAUGUGUUUUGGUUGUGGGUUUGAAAGUCUUUUUUCUAUAUGUAUAGAUUAAUUUAGCUAUUCUUGACAUGACUGAUUAAGUUGCAUUAUAGAUAUGCUUUAAUUCUGCACUGUUUCAGUGUUUUAUCAGCUGGUUUUCUAUCUAUUAAAUAUUCCUCCAUCAAACCAUAACUAUAUGAAACAGGAUCAGCCUUUUCUGAGGCUUUGAGUUUGUUUACAAAAACAUUCCACUUUAUAAAACAUCUUUGUGAGAGGAAAUGGACGUUUUUCACAUUCUCUAUUUUAAAAAAUAUCUUAUCACAGUGCAUGGAAAAACUGGAUUUUUUUCUUUUUAUUCAUAGCAAAAAUUCUCUUUAAAGUGAUGCUCAUUCUUUCUGAUCUAAGCUUUGUGCUGUGUUUUAAUUAGCAGUCAUUUUUUUUCCUUUAACAACCUAUUGUAUAUGUUAGGAAACUGUACAUAAGAUAAUAAAUUGAUGAACCUUUAAACUUGUCUAGGCAUUUUAUAAUUUCACAGUAGCAAAAUAUGUAUUUGUCUGUAUACAUAAGUGAGUUUAACAUUUGUGUACAGUUAAAAAUGUAUCAAAACGUUCGUUUUAUUAAUUCAUUAAUUCUUUUUAAAUCGUUAAUGUCGUACAUUGGUUGUCAAAUAAAUCUGAUUUUAAAAUUAAA